CCCCCCAAAAUGAAAGUAAAGACAUUUGAAAAGGUGAUUUAAGGUAUGGACAUUUGAAAAAGUGUCCCAUCAAAUCAGUAAACCUCAAGAUAAGGGUUAAAUAGAUUAAUCCUAAAUACUUAUUUUUUAAACCAGGAGGAUUUCAUCUUAAUAGAAAAACAACUUUUAUUCACUAUGUAUUUUCUGAAAUUAAAAGAGAGAGACAAGAGUAGACUUAAAAGAAAAUAAAUGAAGAUGGUUAGUAAAGAAGCAAUGUCAACUCUUUUCUGAUGAGGAUAAUUCAGUGAUGUUAAAUCCUUUCCAAAUCUCUGGUUGUGGUCCUAAAGACAAGACUCUUUUUUGAUGGGACUGAUACUAAGGGAAGUAGGACCUUUUGUGUAUCCAACUCACAGUUGUAGAAGUUGCAAUCAUUGGCAUGAGUGGCUUAAAAGAGGAAAUAAAGAAGUUUUCAAUUAAAUCCAAAAGUACAGUCAUUUUUUUACUGCUGUGAUUUUAAAAGCCUCUUCAUAACCACUGAAAAAAAUUAACAACUAUUUUAAAAUAUUAAAGAAAGGCAGAUGUCUGCAAACAAUUCCCCUCCAUCAGCCCAGAAGUCUGUAUUACCUGCAACUCUUCCUGCUGUGCUUCCAGCUCCUUCUCCGUGUUCAAGUCCUAAAACAGGACUCUCUGCCCGACUCUCUAAUGGAAGUUUCAGUGCGCCAUCACUCACCAACUCCAGAGGCUCAGAGCAUACAAUUUCAUUUCUGCUGCAAAUUGGCCUUACACGAGAGAGCGUUACCAUCGAAGCCCAGGAACUAUCUUUAUCUGCUGUCAAGGAUCUUGUGUGCUCCAUUGUUUAUCAAAAGUUUCCAGAGUGUGGAUUCUUUGGCAUGUAUGACAAAAUUCUUCUCUUUCGCCAUGACAUGAACUCAGAAAAUAUUUUGCAGCUGAUUACCUCAGCAGAUGAAAUACAUGAUGGAGACCUAGUAGAAGUUGUUCUUUCAGCUUUGGCCACAGUAGAAGACUUUCAGAUUCGUCCACAUACUCUCUACGUACAUUCUUAUAAAGCUCCCACUUUUUGUGAUUAUUGUGGUGAGAUGCUCUGGGGAUUGGUACGUCAAGGACUGAAAUGUGAAGGCUGUGGAUUAAAUUAUCAUAAACGAUGUGCCUUCAAGAUUCCAAAUAAUUGUAGUGGAGUAAGAAAGAGACGUCUGUCAAAUGUAUCUCUGCCAGGACCUGGCCUCUCAGUUCCAAGACUCCUACAGACUGAAUAUGUGGCCCUUCCCACAGAAGAGUCACAUGUUCACCAAGAACCAAGUAAGAGAAUUCCUUCUUGGAGUGGUCGCCCAAUCUGGAUGGAAAAGAUGGUAAUGUGCAGAGUAAAAGUUCCACACACAUUUGCUGUUCACUCUUACACCCGUCCCACAAUAUGUCAGUACUGCAAGCGGUUACUGAAAGGCCUCUUUCGCCAAGGAAUGCAGUGUAAAGAUUGUAAAUUCAAUUGCCAUAAACGCUGUGCAUCAAAAGUACCAAGAGACUGCCUUGGAGAGGUUAUUUUCAAUGGAGAACCUUCCAGUCUGGGAGCAGAUACAGAUAUACCAAUGGAUACUGAUAGCAGUGACAUGAACAGUGAUGGUAGCCGGGGCUUGGAUGACAUAGAAGAACCAUCUCCUCCAGAAGAUAAAAUGUUCUUCUUGGAUCCAUCCGAUCUUGAUGUGGAAAGAGAUGAGGAGGCUGUGAAAACAAUCAGUCCAUCAACAAGCAGUAAUAUUCCGCUAAUGAGGGUUGUACAGUCCAUCAAGCACACAAAGAGGAAGAGCAGCACGAUGGUGAAGGAAGGGUGGAUGGUCCAUUACAGCAGCAGGGACACCCUGAGAAAGAGGCAUUACUGGAGACUGGACAGCAAGUGUCUAACAUUGUUUCAAAAUGAAUCUGGAUCAAAGUAUUAUAAGGAAAUUCCACUUUCAGAAAUUCUCCGCAUAUCUUCACCACAAGAUUUCACAAACAUUUCACAAGGCAGCAACCCACACUGUUUUGAAAUCAUCACUGAUACUAUGGUAUACUUUGUUGGGGAGAACAAUGGGGACAGCUCCCACAAUCCUGUUCUUGCUGCCACUGGAGUUGGAGUUGAUGUAGCACAGAGCUGGGAAAAAGCAAUUCGCCAAGCUCUCAUGCCUGUUACCCCUCAAGCAAGUGUUUGCACUUCUCCAGGGCAAGGGAAAGAUCACAAAGAUUUGUCUACUAGUAUCUCUGUAUCUAAUUGUCAGAUCCAGGAAAAUGUGGACAUUAGCACAGUUUACCAGAUCUUUGCUGAUGAGGUGCUUGGUUCAGGCCAGUUUGGUAUCGUCUAUGGAGGAAAACAUAGAAAGACUGGAAGGGAUGUGGCUAUUAAAGUAAUUGAUAAGAUGAGAUUCCCCACAAAACAGGAAAGUCAACUCCGUAAUGAAGUGGCUAUUUUACAGAAUUUGCACCAUCCUGGGAUUGUAAACCUGGAAUGUAUGUUUGAAACUCCAGAACGAGUUUUUGUAGUAAUGGAAAAGCUGCAUGGAGAUAUGUUGGAAAUGAUUCUAUCCAGUGAGAAAAGUCGACUUCCAGAACGAAUUACUAAAUUCAUGGUCACACAGAUCCUUGUUGCCUUGAGAAAUCUACAUUUUAAGAAUAUUGUGCACUGUGAUUUAAAGCCAGAAAAUGUGCUGCUUGCAUCCGCAGAGCCAUUUCCUCAGGUGAAGCUGUGUGACUUCGGUUUUGCACGCAUCAUUGGUGAAAAGUCAUUCAGGAGAUCUGUGGUAGGAACUCCAGCAUACUUAGCCCCUGAAGUUCUCAGGAGCAAAGGUUACAACCGUUCUCUAGAUAUGUGGUCAGUGGGAGUUAUCGUCUAUGUGAGCCUCAGUGGUACAUUUCCUUUCAAUGAAGAUGAAGAUAUAAAUGACCAAAUCCAAAAUGCUGCAUUUAUGUAUCCACCAAAUCCCUGGAGAGAAAUUUCUGGUGAAGCAAUUGAUUUGAUAAACAACCUACUUCAAGUGAAGAUGAGAAAACGUUACAGUGUGGACAAAUCUCUCAGUCAUCCCUGGCUGCAGGACUAUCAGACUUGGCUUGACCUUAGAGAAUUUGAAACUCGCAUCGGUGAACGUUACAUUACACAUGAAAGUGACGACGCCCGCUGGGAAAUACAUGCAUAUACCCACAAUCUUGUGUACCCAAAGCACUUCAUUAUGGCUCCCAACCCAGAUGAUAUGGAAGAAGAUCCUUAAUUAUCAAUGAGCUAACUUCAAUAAGGAAGAAUUUCAUUUUAUGGACUGAUAUUUUGCUGCACAACUGUUGUUUGUAGGUUGUCAUCUGCAAGGGUGCAAAGACAUGGGGAAUAUGAUAAGGAAUCAGUGACACCAGUACUGUAGUUCAUAAUGAGUAGGUACAAGAGGGGAAACUGAGUAAUAAAAAUAUACAGUGGAACCAAGAUGAAGCUUUUCAUAGCAUAGCAAUGACUGGUUUUUGUAUUUUUUCCUAAUCCUUCACUUUAGUACUAUAGUAGCAUUUAAUUUAUCUUCCCUUUCCUGUUCCAUUAUUUUUUAAAAAGGAGAAAAAGGAAAGCUUAGAGUCCAGCCAUUGCAAAUCUUGAUCAAAUCAUGUAAGAGUUCUAACCAGGUGUGCAUUUAAGAGAUAACUGAGGAGGGGCCACCAGCGCAAGGGUUCCUGUGAGGACUCUAAACAUCUGUUUAACCACAGACCCACGAGGGGUUUUUCCUAGGAGCCUAGAAAUGUUUCCUAGAUGCUAGGCUGUUUUACAUUUUUUUUCUUUUUUU